UCUGAAAGCAUAUUUUUACUGCAAGCAUGAGUGCCGGAGGAACUCCUUACAUUGGCAGUAAAAUAAGUUUAAUAUCCAAGGCACAGAUUCGUUAUGAGGGCAUUUUGUCUUCUGUGGACACAGACAGGUCCACAGUUGCUUUAGCAAAAGUUAAAUCUUAUGGCACUGAAGACCGGCACACAGAUAGACCAGUGCCACCCAAAGAUGAAGUUUAUGAAUUCAUAAUCUUCAGGGGCAGUGACAUAAAAGAUAUUACUGUGUCUGAGCCACCAAAACCACACCAUGGACUUCCUCGGGACCCUGCUAUUGUUCAGUCAUCAAUUGGUAGCUCCUCUGCAAUGUAUCACCCACGCUGGAGUCCUUACAGAGACAUGAUGCCCACCUACAAUCAGCUGGCUGCUAGCUCUCUACUCAACCAGCAGUACAGUGCAGCACUGGGACUAGGACUUUCAGGCCAAGCCAGAAGAGCCCCUAUGGUUGAACAGGCUGUCCAGACCAUGCCUCUGGUCAGUGCUGCACAGAAAAAGGGAAAGACUACAACCCAGCCACAGAACAAACCGCUGGUGCGUCCAGUUCAGCGGUCUGGACAGGGUGGUGCCCAGGUUCAAAAAGAGAAUAUACCCACCAGACAGGCACCAUCUAAGCCAAGUGCUGCCUCAGCUGAAGGCCAAAAUACUGGAAACCAGAAACUAAGGCAGCGACAAGGCAGCCGCAGGUCCAGGAACAGAAGUAGAGGCCAACUAAUAGUGAAAAACACAAAGGCUUCAACUUUGGCAUUUGAGUCAGAUUUUGAUUUUGAAAGUGCAAAUGCUCAGUUUAAAGAUCUUACGAAGCAAAAUGUUGUUGAGGAGUCUUGGGAGACAGAGGACAGCCCUCCUCAACAGGAGGAGGAGCCUCUCAGAGAUAAGUACUAUGACAAAGCCAAGUGUUUCUUUGAUAACAUCUCAUCAGACCUCAAGCCCAGGAGGACCACCUGGGCUGAGGAGAAAAAGUUGAACAUAGAAACAUUUGGAGUUCCUGGUCGCUUCCUGAGAGGCCGAGGAUUCAGGGGGCGUGGACGCAGAGGGCUGAACGCCACUGAGCAGCGAGCGCUUCCAAAAGUUGGUAGUGGCAGAGUGUGAAGGAUUUCCUUUUUGUUAAAACUGUUGUACAUACUGUAGUUUUCAACUUGUUUAAGAGGAACCUCCUUGAGUUCCAACCUCUGCAA